AUUUUACUUUUUAGUUUCUCCAACAUGUUGUUUCCCCACAUAUUCAGGUGCCGCUGAAAUUGAAUUGUAUUGUUGAAGACGAAGAAGAAUAGGAGGGAAAGAUGAAUGCUCCAGAUCGUUACGAACGAUUUGUCGUUCCUGAGGGCGUUAAGAAGGUUUCGUACGAGAGAGACACAAAGAUUAUAAAUGCAGCUACUUUCACCAUUGAAAGAGAGGAACACACUAUCGGCAACAUUCUUCGCAUGCAACUGCAUAGGGAUGAGAAUGUAUUAUUUGCUGGGUACAAGUUGCCUCAUCCUCUUCAGUACAAAAUCUUGCUCAGGAUUCAAACAACAAGCCAGUCCUCACCUAUGCAGGCAUAUAACCAGGCUAUAAACGAUCUUGAUAAGGAACUUGAUCAUCUAAAGAAUCAGUUCGAGGGCGAAUUGGCCAAGCACUCGAAUAACUUUUAAGCCAUUCGACAGUGAUGUUUGGUUCUAAACAAUGGUGCCUCGUACAGUUUCCUAGUUCAAGUCUUCAUCUGUAUGUAUGUUCAACCAGCAACUACAGUUUGGCUUGGGCAGUAGCUCAGGCUUCGAUUUAAACUAUUUGCUUUCAAUAUUGGCAAGUUGACUUGUACUUUGAAGGUCUACUGUAUGCCUCAAGUUUAUUUCUGGUGGUCUUGAGAAGUACCCUCUUUGUCUUGGAUCUUUUCUUCAACAUUAUCUUUUGCAUCAGACUCAAUGUUUAUGUCGUAAUAGAGAUGGAAAUAUGUAGAAAUUAUAUCGAUAUACAAAGUACAGGUAAAGUCAAGUUGCUUCU